UAAAAAUAAAUUGUGUGAUUCUUGUAGCCAUGAAUCUAUUAAAAUGGGUGCUAUUGCAUCAGUGCUUCAAUGGAAUUGUGAUGAAUGUAGUUUAAUAAAUCCAACAGAACGUUUACAAUGUUUACGAUGUGGACAUUUACGAGAUAAAUCGUUUACAUCCAACACAAAACAUUUUAAUAAUGAUCAAAAUUUUAAUAAUUUACAUUUAAAAAAUAGAAGAAAUGACUUGACAAAAGAAAAUUGUAAAAAUGAUAUAUUAGGACCACAAUUGAUGAGCGUAACAUGUCAUCGCCGUCGUGAGAAUACUUCAAAACGUAUCCAUAAAUCCGAUGAAUGUAAUAAUGAUUUACUACUGCAACGUAGUAAACAAUUUAGUCAAAGCUUACCAAAUUUGGUACAUCAUUGGACAUGUAAUGAUUGUACAUUGGUUAAUAACAGUGUAACACGCGUAUGCGCAUUAUGUAAUACGACAUUAAAUAUAGCACAUGCAAUACAUUUAAUAUGUUUUCAAUGUGAAAAUCAUUGUGGUGGUGUGAUUGGAUUACAAAAUUCAAAAAAUAUGAUACCAAUUGAUGUUGGUAACAAAGUUGGUAGUACUACUUCAAAUUUAUUAUCAACAAGUGUACCUGUCUCCUCAACGGCAACAAGUUCAAAAUCUGGGGCAACAUCACCAUUUUUAUCAUAUUUAAAACGUGAUAAAAAUCAUGAAACGAGUUCAGAAUUGGCAGCGACAAAUGGUAGCGGCAGUGGAAGUACAAGUCAUGUUUUAUUAGAGAGUCGUCAAAAAUUAUUACCACAAUGUGAUCCACAAAUGAAAUGUUCAUGUAAUUGUCGUUAUACGAAAUUUACAACGUUUGUACCCCCAUCCAAACAUUAUUAUAGCUCAAGUUCCACAUCAUAUAAUUACAUACGUGACUUUGAUAUUGAAUUAACCAGUAAAAAUGAUGACAUUAUUGGUAAUCGAUUAUUGGCAAACAAGAAUUCUAGCAGCGAAAAUAAAUCACCAAAACGUCAUAUAACAACAAAUUAUCAAAUUGAUAAUUUAUUUCGACCAAAAGUCAGUCGAUCCGUAUCAAAUGAUUCGAUGUUAUGUCAUAACACAACACGGCGAAUCCCCUACAAAAAUACCAAUUUAGUAACAAGUUUCUACGAUCUAACAAUGUGUCAUCCGCGAACAAAUUCACAAUAUGUGAUUGGCGGUGGGGGAAACGGUGAUAUUGAUUCAACCACAACAACCAGUCGAUUUAGUACUGGUUACACAAUUGAUCGCCGUCAAUAUCGAAAUAAUACGUAUAUUAAAUCAUCGUCAUCAUCCUCAACGAAUUCCUCGAAAAAUUUAUGGACAUGUACAAAUUGUACAUUAGAAAAUUCAACGGAUAUUAUAUUAUGUGCAGCAUGUGAUACACCACGACGACGUGAUUUCGAUGAUCAGGAUUCAUCACCGAUUAAAAAACAAUGUUAUUAUCGAAGAUCAUUGUCAGAGUCACCUAGUGCUGGGGCUACGAAAUCUUCAGUUAUUAUGAAUCGUCGCAGUUUAGGUAGUUCUUCAUCGUCAUCAUCAUCGUCAGGAGUGCAUGGUAGCACAUUUGAUAAUAAUACAUCAGAGUGCCUUGAUAGUAAUCCAUUUCAUUUGAAUGAAUUACGAAGUCGUAAACAACAUCAUACGACUACCAUACAGAAUACACCAGAUUUAUUGCUACGGACAACGUCUAUUUGUGGCGGUGGAGAGGAAAAUAUUUCGAAUGAGACUGAUUUAGAGAUUAUAACACCAUCAAAACCAGAUGAAAUCGAAAAUAAUAAAAUUAAGUAUACGUAUAUUGGUAUGACAGCGCCAACAAUUCCUCAGCAUGCGACCACUACUACUACAGUUGGUGCGAAAAGUUCAUCGACUAUUUUGGAUUUGGGCAGUGAUUCGACGACGAAGUUAGAUACAACAGUAACUACGAAUUCUAUAAAAAGUAACAAAAAAUCGGAAAAUAGUCGUAGUGGACAUCGAAUGUGGACAUGCCGGAAAUGUUCAUAUGCAUACAAUGCAUUGUGGAUUGAUAAAUGUGAAAUAUGUAUGUCAGCCAGAACACCGCCAUCAUUAAUGCAACCGAGUUUAAUAACAGUCACCAAAGAUGGGGCACAUUCUCGAGUUUCAAGUGCUUCAAAUGCAUCGCAACAUCAAAUCGAUAGCAUUGUUUCUGUCAAUAACAAUAAUAAUACUAAUAAUAACAUGGUACGCUAUUUAAGAAGCAAAAACUAUACAGACGAUAAUGUUGACCUAAAUUCUAUACCUAGAGUAAUACUCGAUGAAGGUCUGGAAGGAGAUUUUCAAUUUAUGACAGGUGAAAAUCCUGAUCAUACAGAACAAGAAUGGACAUGUAAAAAAUGUACAUUACGUAAUUCGGGAAAAGUAACAGCAUGCGUGGUUUGUGGAGGCUCUAAAUUAAGGGCGCUAACGAAUUCACGUGAUAUGACUUUACGUAAAGGAGAAUUUUGGUCAUGUCAUCAAUGUACUUUAAAAAAUCCGCUGUCAUCGAGUGUUUGUCUAGCUUGUAAAACAAUUAAACAAAAUUUAGAUCAAAAUAUUUCUGCAACAAAAUCAUGUCAUCAUAGUCCAAAUCGUAAUUUGGGCGCUUAUCCAAAGCGACAUAGUACGGGAGCAACUGCAUCAGGUGUAAUCAUUGGAGGCGGCAAUCGUGGUGAACAGAAAAAAAUACAUUCAUGGCAACAACAAACUUCGUCCAUCACAGCUCAAAAUGAUAUUAUUACAACGACAUCUUCUGGAAGCAGUUCUUUGGAGCCUGCCACUACAAUUCCAUCUUCUGUAAUAUCACCAUCAUCUACAUCUUCUACGCGUCAACAGAAUCAUCAAAACUCACAACAGACGCAACAAAAAUCCUGGCAAUGUUUAUUGUGUACUUUUGAAAAUAGUUCGGUGACCGUAGCAUGUGAAAUGUGUCACAGUUCACGUUGUCUUAGCUCAUCAACAGAAUUAUCAAGUCAAUCGAUACCACGCGCUCCACGCCAAGAAAGUAAAUUAAUGGAGAAAUUACGGCAUACCGAAGAGGCUGCAGCGGUUGAUCGAUGGGAACAUAUUGUGCAAUAUUGUAAACAGACAAAUGAAGCAUUUGUGGAUGAUUCAUUCCCGCCAGCACCCAAAUCAUUAUAUUAUAAUCCAUCAGAGUCUAGAGACACACAUGUGGUACAAUGGCGUCGACCACAGGAUAUUGAUGUUGAAGGUGAAUCGGAUUCAAUUGUACCAUGGGCUGUCUUUCGUACACCAAGACCAUCGGAUAUAUCCCAAGGUGUUUUGGGUAACUGUUGGCUAUUAAGUGCGCUGGCUGUGCUAGCCGAACGUGAAGAUUUGGUACGCAGUGUAUUGGUAACAAAACAGUUAUGUCCUCAAGGGGCAUACCAAGUGCGUUUAUGUAAAGAUGGUCGAUGGACAAUGGUUUUGGUUGAUGAUUUAUUUCCCUGUGAUAAACGUGGCCAUUUAGUGUAUUCACAAGCAAAACGGAAACAAUUAUGGGUACCUUUAAUUGAAAAAGCUGUAGCAAAAAUCCAUGGAUGUUAUGAGGCGUUGGUAUCUGGUCGUGCAAUAGAAGGCUUAGCAACGUUAACGGGUGCACCUUGUGAAAGUGUUCCAUUGCAACCAUCAGCGUUACCCGCGCCACCCGAAGAUGAAAUGGAUAAAGAUUUAAUAUGGGCACAAUUACUGUCAUCAAGGCAAGCGAAAUUUUUAAUGGGUGCUUCUUGUGGAGGGGGAAAUAUGAAAGUGGAUGAGGAUGAAUAUCAACGUAAGGGAUUGCGUCCACGUCAUGCGUAUUCAGUGCUCGAUGUACGUGAUACGGGUGGUGUACGUUUAUUACGGUUACGGAAUCCAUGGGGACAUUAUUGUUGGACUGGUGAUUGGUCAGAUGAUUCACCAACAUGGACACCACGGCUACGACAUUUAUUAAUGCCACAAGGUGCAUCUGAUGGAGUUUUUUGGAUCUCAUUUGAUGAUGUUUUAAAGUAUUUUGAUUGCAUUGAUAUUUGUAAGGUUCGUUCCGGUUGGAAUGAAGUUCGUUUGCAAGGAACAUUACCACCAUUAUCGUCCACACCGCAUUUAUCGUGUGUUCUGUUAACGGUUUUGGAACCCACGGAAGCUGAAUUCACAUUAUUCCAAGAGGGUCAACGUAAUUCAGAGAAAUCUCAACGAUCACAACUUGAUUUAUGCGUAGUAGUGUUUCGUUCACGUAGUGCUGCCCAACCAGAAGUGGGGCGUUUAGUUGAACAUAGUAAAAGACAGGUUCGAGGAUUUGUUGGAUGCCAUAAAAUGUUAGAACGCGAUGUAUAUUUAUUAGUAUGUCUGGCAUUUAAUCAUUGGCAUACGGGAAUGGAGGAUCCAGCUAGUUAUCCAGAAUAUGUUCUAGCUAUACAUAGUUCAAAAAGACUGUUGGUGGAGCAACUAGGCCCACCAGAUUAUGUACUCGCUGAUGCAAUUAUUAAUUUAACACUAGCUAAAGGACAACGACAUGAGGGUCGCGAAGGGAUGACUGCAUUUUAUCUAACCAAGGGCUGGGCUGGUCUUGUCGUAAUGGUUGAAAAUCGUCAUGAAAAUAAAUGGAUUCAUGUCAAAUGUGAUUGUCAAGAGAGUUAUAAUGUAGUGUCAACACGUGGUGCGUUACGAACUGUGGACUCGGUUCCACCAUUACAUAGACAAGUAAUAAUAGUUUUAACACAAUUGGAAGGUAGCGGUGGAUUUUCGAUUGCUCAUCGAUUAACACAUCGUUUAGCGAAUAGUCAAGGUUUAUACGAUUGGGGUCCAGUUGGUGUGAGUCAUUGUCCGAACAUCGAUAAUCAAGUGGAGGGUUUACAUUCACCAAGACUAAUUACGUGAUUUCAAUAUCAUCUAUCGUAUUUUUUAAUCAUCAAUUAAUUAUGCUGUGAUUUUUAUCAAUAAUUUUUUAUUUUUAUCUUUCAUAUUUAAUUAUUAUUAUUUUUUUAAUUUCUUGAGUGCCAUUUUGUUUUCCACACUACUACAACACACGACGAGUAUUUUUUUAUAAUACACGAAUGAUUUUUUAUUAUUUUUUUUUACUCUACAAAACGAAUUCCCCUCGAUCACUCCAUUUUGUUUAGUAGAUACAUUCACUGAGAGGCACUAUAAGUGGAGAACAUUUAUCGACCACCAUUUUGUAAAUAAUUAGAAUUUUUUUUCUACGGACCCAUAGGUCAAGACCCAAUUGACCUAUGUUGCUCAUUUACGAACUCUAUAUGCCUAAAAUUUCAAAGUAAGGCCGGAUUAACCAUGUCAGGGUUCCUAAUAUGGAUGCGUUACGUUAUGUAACGCAUCCAUAUUAUUAGUUCUACUUCUCGAUACUAGAUGGCUCUGUUCUACAGAUACGAAGUAUUUCAUCAACUGCGUUGAAAAAAAAACAAUAAUACAUCAUUUUCAGUUCCUAAUUUUACCUAGUAAGAUACUUUUUUUUCUCAAAAUGGCGUAAUUUCAUUGAUAUCAGAUGAUCUCUGUAAUAUUUAAGCUGCUUUAAAAAUUAAGUGGCUCUUAUUUUACGGAUCUUAUUGGACACAAAAUGGCGGUCGAUAAUAACCCAACAUGCAGCGUUCAAAAUGCUAUUACAACAAUAGAUACGCAUACCUAGAAAAGGCUGAUUGCGUUUCGUUUAUUUAUUUUUUGCAAUUUUUUUUAUUUUUCUGGAAAAUGUUUUUGGAAGAAAAUAAUAUUUGCGGUGCGCGUUUCACACACACACACAUACACACACAUUUGUACAAACAAACAAAUAUUUCUGGAUCUCUUAUUGUGUAAAAUCAGUAAAAUAUCAAAAUGAAAUUAUUUAAAAACA